AACAUGUCAAGCAUGCCCGGGUGAUAAUAUAACGUGUCGAUGAGCAUAGCAACUGCAAGAAAGUCAACCUACUAUUGGCCAUACCAGUGGCUCCCUCUUGGAUCCCCGACGGUGGAUUCAAAGCGAAGUAAAGGACUCACCCGAAGCCUUUCUAUAGCUAUAGCGUAUUCUUUUCUCUCUGAUGUAUUUUAUUUACCUAGAAUAUACAUCUUGCCUGGGCUAGACUCUGUCUCCUAUAUCAGAGCCCUCUUGACUUUACUGAAGGACUGAUUAUAUGGGUAUUGGAUAUAACAGCAUUAGUUCCCCCGGUAUUCCUUCCCAUGGUUCCUCCCUCGGAGGCCAUAUCUGCUCAGGUAUGUAUUCAUCACAUAUGUUGCAUUGGCUGAAAACCGGGUGGAUGCUUUUAAUGGUGCCUUAAAUCUCGAGGAGAAUCACCA